AUGUCAACAGAAUUAGAUGGUUUGAAAUCAGAAGUCAAUGAGUAAAAUAAUCCUAUAUCUCUAGUCUUAAAGAAAUGGUAGAGAUGCUUGAAAGUGAAGUUUAGAGCAAAGAAGAUGAAAUAAAAUUGAUUAAAACAAAUCUCUAAAAAAAAGAUUAAGAAAUUGCAUCUCUUAAAAUUAAAUUGGCAGGCACAGAUUCCCAGAAUAAUGAAACAGAUCAUAAUCAAAAUCAAUUAGAUCAACUUUAGGGCUAAAUUGUUUCACUUUAAUAAUAAUUAUCAGAAUUAAAGUAAGAAUAUAUAGAAUAAAAUAGACAUCAAGUAGAUGACAAAAAUUUAGAAAUUGAAGUGUUAAAACAUGAUCAUGAUGAAGAAUUGAACAAUUUAAUAAACCAGAAGAAAGAAACAUCAGAACAAAGCUAAACUGAUGGUGAGAUUGAAAAACUAUAAAAUAUUAUAUCCCAACUCCAACAAGAAAAAGAUGAAUAGACAAUUUAGUAUAAUUUAUUAAUAUCAAAGGCAUAAUUUGGAAAUAGAUUAGUUGAAAAAAUAGAUAGAAGAAUAUUCAAAGUAAAAUUAAGAGCUUUUAUUAAAUUCUUAAGUAUUUUAUUAAUUUAACUUAUAUAGAAAAUUGAGUCUAAAAAUAAUGAAAACAGCGCAGAUCUAAUUUAAUAGCAAUAAGAUGAAGUAAAAUAUUAAGUUAAUAAGAAUUCGCAAUUAAAAUUUAGUGUCGUAUAGAGAGAAGCCCAUGAAUAAGAAAAUCAUCAACUAGAAGGAGAUGCUGUUAAAUUGAAAUUGAAUUAAACAAACUAAUUGGAUAAUCUAGGGACACUUCUGAAUCCAAUGGAAUCACCAAGAUAUGAUUAAAAUUCUUAAAAUAAUGAAGAACUUGAGCAAAUGCAGAACACCAUAAUUGAUUUAUAAAAAGAAGAUUAGGCAAAUAAAGCCAAAAUUGAAGAAUUUUGUGAGGAAAUUAAAUAAUUAAAAUAAUAAAUACAAUAAUUAAGUCAAUUCAACUAAGAAUUGCAAUUAGAUCUUGAAUAGAAAAAAAUUGAAAUUAAUGAAGAAUCGGCAAAAUUAUCAUCACUUGAAGACGAAUUAAUUGCAUAUGAGUAAAAGUACACAGAUGCUAUUUAAAAUAAACAGAAGUUAUCUACUGAGUAUUAAUUAGCUUAAUAAUCUCUUCAGCAAUUCGAAAUGUUGUAAUAAGAUAAUGUCCAGUUGCAAUUGUUACUUAACUCAAAGAGUGAAGAAUUGGAGGAAUUGAAAAUGCAUAAUAAAUUUGAGACUCAAUAUUUAGAAUUAAAGGAGGAUUUUGAAUAAUUUAAAGAAUUUGUACAGGAAUAAUUUCAUUAGAAAGAUGAAACAUUGACUCAAUAAGCUCAAUAAUUGCUUGAUUACGAUACAUGCAAAGAAUAAUUAAUUAUGCUAAGUUAACAAUGCGAAUUGUUAUAAGAACAAUUGAAUAAAUAAAAGGAAAAUAAUGAAUAGCUAUAAGAUCAAUAUCAAAAUAGUUUACAAUAAAUUCAAUAGUUGAAUACUAAUAAUUUAUAAUUCUCGGACAUCCAAUCUUAGAAUCAAUUUUUAAAGCAAGAAAUUGAAACUAUGAAAUUGGAUAACUUAGAGAAACUAGAAGCAAUUGCUGAUUUAGAAACAUAACUUAAGAUAUAACAAUAGCUAGGAGAGGAAUCACCAUUGAAGUUGUAGAAAUUAUAAUCAGAAUUUUCUGAAAAUAAAAGUGAAUAUCUGAAUCAUAAAGAAUAGUGUUAAAGAGAAAUUCAUUAAUAUAAAUAAGAAAAGGCCUUAUUGUAAUCGGAUUUGCAAAAUUUGAAAGAUAUGAUUGAUGCAUUCGUAUCUUAAAAUACAUAAUAUCAACCAAAAGGAAAGACUGUUGAAGAAUAUUACAAAAAGCUAUUAGAUCUUACAUCUGAUGAUAAAUAGGUUCAUUAAGAGUAUGUAUAUUAGAAGUGAUUAUUAUAGGGAAGAAUUAGUUUAGUUAAAACAACAAUUGUAAAUAUUUUUAGACAAGUCUUUUGCUGAUUAACAAAGCCAAAUAAAGCCUGAAGUAAACGAAUAAGAAAUUCUGACUGACUAAAUUGAACAGUAAGAAAAGAAUACUUAGACUGAGCAAGUAGAAAACAGCUUAUCGGGAUCAAUGUGGCUCAAUAACGACACAAUUAAUUCAAAGGAGGACUAAUAUUAAUAGAUGAAGUACUUAGUUUAUUAAUGCAAUUAGAAAAAAAAAUGAGGAUCUAGAUUAACUUUUGAAAAAUUACGAAAAAGAAGUAUCAAGUUUAAAAUAAUAACAUAAAUUACUACAAAAAAAGUUAGAAACCAAUUAAAAACCAAAUCCUUAAGAAAGGUUGGGUAAAAGAGUUAGUUUGUUUGAGUAAUCUUAACCUAGAAAAUCGAAAUAAUUGCAGUAUAAGAAUUAUUGAGUAUUAGUUUAAAUUUAUGCGAGUCAUAGCAGAUAGAUGAUCAAUAGAGAGAGAAUGUGUUUAUGAAAGAAUUGAUAGAAAAUUUAAAGAAAGAUAAUAAAUAGCUUUCACUAUAGAAUGAGGAUCUUUAACAUUAAUUAAAUGAGAUAAAGGAACUUUAGGAAAAGAAUUAAGAAGAAUAAAAUCGAUUAGAAGAAUAGCUGCAAUCUUAAAUUCUACUAAAUCAAACAAGAAAUAAGAGUGUUGAUAAUAAUUAAACAAUAAUUUCUCAAAUCAAUAAUACUAUGAUUUAAUUGAAUUAAAUUGAAAUCUUUUUGGUUGUAAAAUCCUAGAAGAACUUUUAAUUCCCUUAUAUUGAAUUUAAUAGAAAGUAUUUAUUUAUGGAAUUAUAAGAUAAAUCAAAUUUUAUUCAUAAGGCAAAACCAGAAUAGAGAAAUAGAUUUAUGAAACAUUUACAUUUGACGAUGUAUUUCUAGACAUACAAAAAGUGAGACAGUACUUCUAAUUUUAUGGCAAGAUAAGUUUAGAUUAAAGUAGAAUGUUUCUUAUCGUUGGCUAAUAAAGUAUUAAUAUAAAUCUUAAUUAGAAACAUAAAAGAAAUUCUUACUAUUAAUGUUCCUUGAUUUAUAUUAUAACUCUAUAAAAGAGCAGAAACUUAAAUAAAACUUAAAAAUUAGAUUAUAAAUUUAAUACUAAGAAAGAAUAGGAAAUAAUUGGUCAACUCUUGAGUAAUUAAGUAGUGAUCUACAAAUAUCAAAUGAAAAUGUAAAUUCAAGCUUACAAUAACUGGACUUAACAAUCUAAAAUAUUAAGUUUUAUUUGUAUGGCAAAAACCAAUAAGCAAAGAUUUUAGGGAAAGAGAAAAUUAGAUAGCUAACAAUAACAUACAGCAUAAUUUUUAAGGAGUAAACAUACACGCAAUAAUUCAUUAUAACUACGAUUCCUGUGGUCCCAAGAUGUCAAUUUGCAUAAUUUUUAAAAAGACUCUGUAAUCAUACAGCAACAACAUAAUUUAAAUACUAUUGUUUAUUAACUGUUAACCCAAUCCUUUUGCAUUACAAUCAAACAGUAGAUAUAAUGUAUUUAGCUAAAAUGGUUUAUGCUCAAAACAAUUAGGAAGAUCUUAAUAAAUAAAUGAAGAUAGAUGAUGAAAGCGUUAGAUAAGUUAGAUAAGCAAAUGGAUAAGUUAUAUUAAAGAACCAAGAAAUUGAUGUUUUAAAACGAUAAGUUGAACACUUUAAGAAAUAAUAUAAUGAUGUGUUAACCAAAUAAGAGACUAAGUAAUAACUAAAUCAAUAAAUAUAAAUGCAACUUUAGAAUGUUGUUGUAGAUAUCAAAUUAAAAAUGAGUCAAUCAAGAAAUCAUAAAACUAAUAAAACACCUUGUCCAGAAUCAUAAUUUUAUGAAAAAUUAAUCGCCUAAUUAGAAAAUCUAUCAAGAAAACUUUCUCCGAUUUAAUAGGUUUUAAAUACUGAUAGAUCCAUUAGCCCUUCAAUAUAAAAUUAAUGA